AUGCUGUCCACAUUUCAUCGAUUGGGUUUUCGACGAAGUGUGUCUACCUACAGUGGCUUAACUUCUGCUGAUUUUUUGAAACAGAAGACAAACGAGCCGAUUUUGGAGUAUCGGAAGGGAAGCAGAGAAAGACAAGAUUUGGAGGCGGCGCUCGAUUAUUAUAGUAAGGUUAGUGUUGUUUCAGAGAAUUUUAGGCCAGCUUGAACUAGAAUUGUGUGGCUAAAGAACUAACUUUUUCCAAAAAUAAUUUUUUCAAACGGCCGAAAUUUUCAAAAUGAGAAACCUACACCCAAUCCACGCGGAAAAACACAAGUCACGUUGAAAAAUAAAAAAUGCCUCGAAAUUUUUGAUUUCCAAAAAAAUCCCCUUGGUCAUAAAUUUGUUAAACAAUGACUCAUAAAUUGAAUGUAGCCCGUCUCUACAAAAAUUGAUAUUUUUCAACACAAAAGAUCCGGAAGUUCAAAGAAUUCCGAAAAAGGAUCGUAAAUUUUGCAAAGACAAAAAGCCAUAAAUUCAUUUGUGCCCAUCGCAGAAAUAUUGAUUUUUUUAAUUAAAAAAUUAGGCUUAGAUGUGAAUUGAAACUUUUCAAAGCUAAUAUGAAGAAAAAACAAUAUACUUUUUUUUAAUUAAAAAAAAAUUUCGAAAUUAAAAAAUGAGGACGAUUUCACAUUUAAACACAUUGAAAUUGGCCACGUCUAUAGCUCAUUCAGAUUUUGAACAAUUAUCAAUAAAUUCAGCCCGCCACUACAUUAAAUAGAUUUUUUAACAAAACAAAAAAAGCGGCACAAAACACUGUGCAAAAAAGCAUCGUUCACAAAAAAGAUAACAUCUUUUCUCUUUUUCUCCAACCACAAAAAUAUAAUAGUAUUGGAAACCAAGAGACGAGACACUAACAUUUAUGAUUUUAUUGUGACACCAAUGAUUAUUGGCCCGAAUUAAAUUUUCUUUUUUUUUCUUAGAAUAUCACCGAUGUUCCACUUCGAAUUGGCAAUCAAAAAAUUACAAAUAACUUGGAGAGAAAACAAGUUAUUCCAUCUGAUCAUCGAAGUACAUUAGCUAGAUAUACAUAUGCGACUGGUGAACAAAUUCAAGAAGCAAUCAAUGUUGCAUUGGAGGCCAGAAGUGCUUGGGAAAAGAAACCAUUAGUCGAAAGAGCUGAGAUUUUAUUGAGAGCCGCUGAUUUGGCCGGUGGAAAAUAUCGGAUGAAAUUGAAUGCCUCUACAAUGUUAGGACAAGGAAAGAAUAUUGUUCAAGCUGAAAUUGAUGCUGCUUGUGAACUUAUUGAUUUCUUCCGGUUUAAUGCUGUCUUUGCUCUUGAACUCGAAACUUAUAGCCCAAUUUCAACAAAGAUUAGCACAAAUAGUUUGCAAUAUCGAGGAAUGGAAGGAUUUGUCGCAGCGAUUGCACCAUUCAAUUUCACAGCAAUUGGUGGAAAUUUGCCAACUGCACCAGCUCUUAUGGGAAAUGUAUCACUUUGGAAACCAUCGGAUACUGCGGUUCUCAGUAAUUAUAUUAUUUAUGAGCUUUUGGAAGAAGCGGGUAUGCCAGAUGGUAUUUUGAGUUUCUUGCCAUCAGAUGGACCAGUUUUUGGAAACACUAUUACACAAUCUGCUCAUUUGAGCGCAGUGAAUUUCACAGGAUCUGUGCCGACAUUCAAAACUAUUUGGAAAAAUGUUGCCGAUAAUCUUGAUAAAUAUGUGACAUUCCCAAAAUUGAUUGGAGAAUGUGGAGGAAAGAACUUCCACUUCGUUCAUCCUUCUGCACACAUUGAAUCGGUUGCCGCAGGAACUGCACGGUCCGCAUGGGAAUAUUCUGGACAAAAAUGCUCAGCUUGCUCAAGAGUUUAUGCACCGAAAUCAAUUUGGCCAAAAAUUCUCGAAAAGAUUUCAGAAAUUCACAAGCAAAUAAAAUUGGGAGAUGUUCGAGAUGGAUCAAUCUUCUUGUCAGCAGUUAUUGAUGACAAGGCUUUCGAAAGAAUUAGAGGAUAUAUAGGUGAGAACAAUAAUAUUAUGAAUCAAAGUAGAUAAUCAAUUUCAGAUUAUGCUAGAACUGGAGCCGAUGGUGCUAAAAUUGUGCUCGGAGGAGAAUAUGAUGAUUCAACAGGUUAUUUCAUUCAACCAACAUUAAUAACUGUAACUGACCCAAAAUCGAAACUUUUACGCGAAGAAAUGUUUGGACCUGUUGUCACAGUUUUUGUUUAUGAUGACAAAGAUGUUGAUCAAGUUUUAAAUUCGGUUAAAGAUGCAACACCUUUCGGUUUAACUGGAGCUGUUUUCUCGGAAGAUAAGGAGUUUUUGUAUAGGUAUGAAAGUACCUUAUUAGAAAACAUUCGAAUUAAUUGGUUUUAUAGAGCACGUGACACACUCCGAGAUGCAGUCGGAAAUAUGUAUCUCAAUGAUAAAUCAACUGGUUCAAUCGUCGGACAACAACCUUUCGGUGGUUCUAGAAUGUCUGGAACUAACGAUAAGGCCGGAGGACCACAUUACGGACUUCGAUGGGCUUCUCCACUAACUAUAAAAGAAACUUCAAUUCCAUUAACCGAGUGGAGAUAUCCAUCAAUGGAUUAG